CAGAGCUGCAUGCAGUGGACGUUGGUUUCUUAGAUGGCUGCCCUGUGCCAACAUUAGCUCUGAUAUACCAAAAUGUGAAUGGUCGUCAUCUGAAGGCAUAUGAGCUGAUGAUGAAAGAUCGAGACCUUGGGAAAGAUAUCUGGAGCUCUAGAGCUGUGGAAUCUGAAGCUACCAUGUUGAUACCAGUUCCUAAACCUCUUGGUGGGGCAUUGGUUAUCGGUCAAGAGUCAAUCACUUACUACACCGAAAAGAGACACAUUCCUAUUGCUCCGCCAGAGUUUAUGUCAUGUCCAGUUGUUACAUAUGGCAGAGUGGAUGCUGAUGGAUCACGGUAUCUUUUAGGAGACAUGCAAGGUAGACUAUAUAUGCUUCUGCUGGAUAAAGAUGAACAAAUGGAGGGCACAGUGCAAGUUAGAGAGCUGAAGAUCUCUGUGGUUGGAGAGGUUGUUGUUGCCAGAUGUCUGACUUAUUUAGACAAUGGUGUUGUGUUUGUUGGCUCAACAUAUGGAGAUUCUAAUGUCGUGAAGCUCAUGCCAGAAUGUGAUGAGAAUGGAUCUUACAUUCAUGUUUUGGAAGUUUUUACAAACUUAGGUCCUAUUGUUGACAUGGUGGUAGUUGAUUUGGAUAGACAAGGCCAAGGCCAGCUGGUCACAUGUUCUGGUGCAUAUAAAGAAGGCUCACUUAAAGUAAUAAGAAAUGGCAUUGGAAUUCAAGAGCAUGCAUCUCUUGACUUGGAGGGCAUUAAAGGUAUUUGGCCACUACGAUUGUCUUCCUCUUCUGAGAAUGUUUAUGACAAUACUCUAGUUCUCACAUUUGUGGGUCAGACAAGGGUUCUCACUUUGUGUGGCGAAGAACUAGAGGAGACAGAGAUUGAUGGCUUUGUCAGUAAUGAGCAGACUCUGUUUGCCAGCAAUGUUGUUGAAGAUCAACUACUGCAGGUUACUCAGGCAAGAGUGAGGCUCUUUGACAGGCAGUCAUUGCGGAUGGUGAGUGAAUGGCAAAGUCUUUCAGGUCGCAAUAUCAGUGUUGUUGCAUGCAACUCAACACAAAUUGUUGCAGCAGUUGGUUGCGAACUCUACUACUUGGAAAUUCUUGCUGGAAAGUUAUCACAAACAAGUCACAUGGUGUUGGAGCACGAGGUUGCUUGUCUGGAUAUUAACCCUCCAUCUCGAGAUUCAAGUCAUUCUGAACUUGUUGCUGUGGGUCUCUGGACUGAAAUAUCUGUGAGAGUUCUCAAACUGCCAUCACUGGAUCUAGUACUGACGCAACAAUUAGGAGGAGAAAUUAUACCACGGUCAGUGCUUCUGGCUGUAUUCGAAGGAACAUCAUAUCUUCUUUGUGCUCUUGGAGACGGCUCUUUCUUCUACUUCAUUUUAGAUGCUAUGAAAGGUAGGACGCAUGUAAGAAGUACAGUAAGCAACUGCAUGCUGGAUGAUUAUAAUUUAAUGAUCAGUAUUUCAGUGAAUUAUGUGAACGUGCUAGCUUUUCAUUGUAGGGAUUUAUACAGUAGUUCAGGAACCCUAGGAUUUCCCCAAAGGAUAAGGUAA